UUAUGCAAUUUCUUGCAAAGUGCAAAUCAAAACAAAACAAAAAACCGGUGGGUUGGUACGAUUUUUUUUGUUGUUGUUGAGAUUUGUAGACAUUUUAAGCUAGAUCUGUAGAUCUAGUCCUGUCUAUGGUCUCUAUAUUCUGCCAGUGAGUGGCAGUCCAAAAGACCGGAAGAGAAGCAGCGACAACGGAAACAGAGCUAACAAACGAUGGCUGCAAUCAGGAAGAAGCUGGUGAUAGUGGGAGACGGAGCGUGUGGGAAGACCUGCCUGCUGAUUGUCUUCAGUAAAGACCAGUUCCCCGAGGUCUAUGUGCCCACUGUGUUCGAGAACUAUGUGGCUGACAUCGAGGUCGACGGCAAGCAGGUGGAGUUAGCGUUGUGGGACACAGCAGGACAGGAGGACUAUGACAGACUGAGACCUCUCUCCUACCCCGACACUGACGUUAUACUCAUGUGCUUUUCUGUAGACAGCCCAGAUAGCUUAGAGAACAUUCCAGAGAAGUGGACUCCGGAGGUAAAGCACUUCUGUCCUAAUGUUCCCAUCAUCCUCGUGGGCAACAAGAAGGACCUGAGGAAUGACGAACACACACGCAGGGAGCUGGCCAAGAUGAAACAGGAGCCAGUGAAAUCGGAGGAAGGCAGAGACAUGGCUAACCGGAUCAGUGCCUACGGCUGCCAGGAGUGCUCAGCUAAGACCAAAGAUGGAGUCAGGGAGGUGUUUGAGAUGGCCACAAGGGCGGCGCUACAGGCCAAGAGACGUGGAAAGAAGAACGCCUGCAUGCUGUUAUAGGCACCAGGGAGAAGUUGUCCCCGGAAUACUGAUCUUGGACCAGUUUUACCCUUCCCAAAAAAUAUAGUUGUUAUCAUUAAAGGGAUAGUGUGACAUUUUGGCAAUGACUCGACGUCUGACAGGGUUCCCCAACUGGUGCCGUGAUUUUAUUUACCCCCAAAAAAUAAACACACGAUUACAUUAUUUUAUUGUUGGACAUAAAGACUGUAAAAACACCUGCAAAUCACUUCCAAGUGAUUUUGAUUUUGGAAAUCUGUACCAAAAAAGUAUUCUCGCUCAUAGAGAAAAAAUGUGAUUGUAUGCAAAUCUAAGCCAGGUUUGAAAUUAUUGUUUUAGUCAGUAUAUAUAUAUAUAUAUUUAUUUGUUUGGGCUUCUUGCAGGUCAAUUUGCAGUCUACAAAUGAUUUGUAAUAUGUUCAUUACCAUUCGCUCAAGAAAAUAAUCUUUCUGUGGCUGAAUCUAGUUGAUGGUCUAUGGGAUCAGCUGCCGUCAAGCGCAAUCAGCUAACUGAUACCAUAGACUUCCAGUCAUUACGCUAACGCUAGUUAUCAAAGGCUCAAAAAACUUACUUCAACUUCCUUUAAAACUACACUCAGAGAGACAACAAUUGUAUCCAUGAGUUCAUUUGACUCUGGCUAAAUAGUUAAAGGGCUUAAUUGCCAAAAUGGUACACUAUCCCUUUUAAAGGGUAGGCUUAAAACUGGUCUCAGAUCUGUGCCUGUGAGUAACGUCCCUUACUGGCACCCUAUUCCCUAUAUGGUGCACUAUAUAGGGAAUAGGGUUCCAUUUGGGACUGGGGGAGGUGAGGGGAUAGAAAGGGUUAAAUGCCCUCCAUCUGAAACAAUUGUAUCAGAAAGGAAAUCAAACUUUAUUCGUCAUAACCACAGGAUACAGAAGCGUAUUUUCUUUAUGGAACUACUGUGUGAAAGUAACUUGACCUGGGUCACGUUCAUUAGUCACCGAACGGAACAAAACAGAAUGAAACGGAGAGGGAUCUACCUGAACUUUUACAAUAAGAAACACUUUAUUUUAUUUUUUAUUUUCAUUUUUUUUUUUUUUAAAUCUUCUAUCGCAAUACAUUUUGUUACGGUGUUUAUUAAUGAAUACAACCCUGAUGGGCUAGGUGGAAAUGUG